CACAUUCUAGAGAGAGAAAACAUUAGGGUUUGCUAUUCACCGUCGUUCUGCGCCGCCGCUCGUUGCUUCCCGAUUUUCUCCGGCGACGCCUAUUCGAGGUCAGUUCCUCUGCUCUUCUCCUUCAUGUCUGUCGAAUCUUCCUUCCUCCGCACGUCUGAAGCCGAGCACGAGCUCGGGUUCGGCAGUCAUGGUUCCGUAGCCCAGAACGACCGAGCGGAGCAGCCGGGUUCCCCAUCUAUCGAGGAGAUCGCGGCUGUCGAGGCGCCCGGGGUUAGUGAACCCCGCCUCCAGAAACGCACCUUGCUUGUGGACUCGCUCAUCCGCGAGUGCCAGUGCGACUUGUCGAGCGACGAGUUUCUCAAGGCGGUGCGCUACGUCGGCCCCCUCGUCACUGUCCGUCGCCCUACCCCGGAGGAGUUAGUCUUCGAUGCUCCUCCAGGCUAUUUUUCCAUCCAUCUCAAGUCCCUUGAGAGCAGCUUCCGCUUCCCCCUCGAAUCUUUGGUCAUCGACUUUUUUAAGUACUUUGACUUCCUCCCGUGCCAAUUGGUGCCGAACUCGCACCGGUACCUGGCGGGGUUCAUGAUCCGCUAUCGGGAGAUGGGCGUGCGGGCCGACCUUGAGCGCCUACUGACCCUGUUCCGAGUGGCGAAGUCCUCCGGGUCGGAUGGGGGUUCUUUCGCCGCUCUCUGCCAGCGGCAAAAGAGACUUUUUAAGACCAAGAAGGAAUCCAACAAGACUUGGAAGUCCAAGUUUGUCUCCGUGGGGUCGGCCUCCCCCUUCCGAGACGCUCCCCUCAGCUCUUUUCGUAGGCGAUCCAAACCCUUUGCCUCUUCCAAGGCUGUUGCUGAUACAGACAAGUUGUGUUCGGGUGGCCCUUACGAGCCCGGGGUCUUAGUGAAUGAUGAAGCUCUCGCCAAGUUUGGGUUCGUCUUCCAUGAUGAGGACGAGCCCAAGCGCCGGGUCGUCCAGAGUCAGCUUGAGGAGGGACCCUCAUGUUUUCUUUGUUCAAUUCUUUGGCGGAUUUAUGCUCCGCUCGCAAUUUGUUCAAGAGAUUCGAACUUAUCUCUUACUUUUCUUGCAGGUGAAAUCAUGAUUUCCGCGGCCGACCAGAAGAAGAUGUUCAAGUCUAAGCUGCGCGCUGGGUCCAGCCAAGAUCGGCCCCCGCUUCCUACUCCCACACCGUCUGCCGAGCAUGCCCAGGCGAGCAAGAAGCGCAAGGAUGUGUGCUCUGCGAGGGAAGGGGCUUCGUUGAGCGGGACGAGGUCCCCACCUUCGCGCUCAGUGGAUUGCGGGAACCCGGCCUUUGUGAAGGUGGCGUUCCCCCUCAAGCCUUCGUUCUUGCACGGGGACUACGAGCCUCGCCGUUUCCUGCAGAGCUUCAUCCCUCCGCAGGACCGAAUGGAGAUUGGUUCGUCCGCCAUAGAGGACCUUGCCUCCACCCUCAUGCUCGAGGUUGGCUCGGUGGCCAUGUGCAUCCCGGAACUGGUGGAGCGCAUGGAGUGGUAUGUGGCGGAGAAGGCCAAGGGCGAAGAGGAGCUUCAGAGGCUGCAAGAGCACGUGGCUGGCCUCGAGAGGAAGCUCGAUGAUGCGGAGGAGCGGGCUCGGGCUGCGGAGCAGGCUCGCGUUGCCGCUGAGGAGAAGGCGCGCUGCCUCGAUGAGGAAGCCGAGCACGUGAUUGAGGCCUUUCAGACCUCCCCCGCGUUCGAGGAGGCGGCUCUCUCCCACAUGGACAAUCUCUUGAAGGUCUGGGCUCAAACCCCCGACGGCCAGCGUCUCCUUCUCAAAGAGGGACAAGCCAAUUACUCCAUGGUUUGCACCGGGCUCAAGAAGUCUUGCUAGAGCGGGUCAGAGAUGGGAAGGAACUCCCGAAGCCGUGCGAGAACCCUGAGGAGUUUGAUUCCUCCAUCUACUACUCCGAUGAUGAGGACGCUGCUGGAGGGGGUGAAGACACCGUCGGAAAUUGAGCAUGGUUGGGCCCAACGCUGAACUCCACCCUU